UAAUCGCGAAAGCCUUCGUUCGUUCCUCUUUAUUGUGCUAUAUACAGUUGAAACAAAUAUAUUUCGGACAACUGCUAAUAAUGGCUGCCAACAAAUUGUGCUGCACUUUGGCUUUUGGCGCUUUACUGUGCCUGGGACUGGUCGCUCUCAUUCAAGCGCAGGAUAAGCCGGUGACGGAUGUGUGCCUGGGCUGCAUUUGCGAGGCCAUCAGCGGAUGUAAUCAGACACGAUUCUGCGGCGCCGGCGUCUGCGGCCUGUUUCGCAUCACCUGGGCCUACUGGUCGGACGGUGGCAAGCUGACCUUGGGCAACGAGAGCCCCCAGUCGGAGGAUGCGUAUGCCAACUGCGUGAACGAUCCCUACUGCGCGGCCAACACCAUCCAGAACUACAUGACCAAGUUUGGACAGGACUGCAACAAGGAUGGGGGCAUCGACUGCUAUGACUACGCUGCCAUCCACAAGUUGGGCGGCUAUGGCUGCGGUGGCGAGCUUUCCUAUCAGUAUCAAACCAGUCUGCAGAGCUGCCUGAACUCGUUCCAGCAACUGGACGUUCGCUCCGGCCCUUGAACGCUUAAGCCUCAAACAAUUAACGAUAACUAAUAUUUAAAAUAAUAAUUUAUGGCAAUGCAUUUGAAUUGGAGUUAGAUUGUGUAAUUGAGAUUGAUAUUAAAACGAUAUUAUGGUAAAGCAAGA